GGAAAAUUUGAGAAAUGGGGAUGAAGAGGAGUUGUGUAAUACAAUAUCCAUUCAUUGAUAUGUGAUUUCUGAUUUUUGGCGGUUGCCUUGAAGUCUUUGGAGGACAUGUCUGAUGAGAGUGAUGAUGAACUUAUAGUGUUACCCCCAUCACCUGGAGCUGUCCAGCCUUCUUCAUCAGCCAGUUUCCUCUCAGAAGCAUCAUCACAGAGGACAUCAUCCUCUAAUUUGACAUUUGGACGAUCACUUCAGAGCCUCUUCCGACAAAGAGAAGGAUCUUCAGGAUCUGGAAGCGAACCCCCUCUACCAUCCUUGAUUAUACCAGAAGCAAAUAUUUUGAUUCCAUAUGAGGGUGGAAAUAAUGGAAGAUUUCAUAAUGUGUUGAAUGUUGACACCAGUUCCCAUGGCAGUGAUGUGGUGGAUGUUGAUAACAGUUCCCACGGCAGUGAUGUUGUGGAAGUGCCAUCCGGAAGUGAAGACAAUUCAGAUGUUGUAGAAGUCGAAACAGAAUCAGAAAAUGAAGAAUCUGAUAAUGAAGUGCUACAGCCUGGUAGUCCUGCUGAUCAAGGGGACAAUAUACAACAAGCUGGACCAUCAUCUGGUCUGACAGAAAUAAGUGAACAUGUGGCUGAUUCGUCUUCUGGUCUGUCAGCCACAAGUGUUGCACCAGAAAGUACUGGUUCCAGUACCCCACGCCCUGGAUCUGUGAGAGCUUUGUCAACCAGCCAUGGCUCACCACGUGAUUUCCGGUCCCCGAAACGCAGAAGAGUAGACUCCAGUGAAACAGCGACUACAAGUGGAGCAGAUGUGGCAGGUUGUCUUGAUGAUGAUGACGAUGCAAAUACCUGUCCCAUCUGCUUUGAGGAGUGGACAACAUCAGGCUCGCACCGACUGGCUUCCCUCCGUUGUGGUCACCUGUUUGGACAUAGUUGUAUAGACAAAUGGUUGAGGGGUCAGGGUGGUAAAUGUCCCCAGUGUAAUGCCAAGGCCAAAAGACAGGACAUCCGACUGCUGUAUGCAAAGGCUAUUAAGGCAAUAGAUACAUCAGAACGUGACAGAGCACUGCAGGACCUGGAGAAGGAGAAAGAAGCACGACGACGAUGUGAGAUGGAGGCUGCACAGACACGUUUACAGUAUCAGCUGUCUGUAGAGGAAUGCAACAGACUCAAGGCAGAACUAGACAGGGUCACACAGACAGUACAGUCACUCAGAUCACAGGCUUCCAGUAGCAGUCUUUCUCUGACCCAGACAAGUCCCACAAGGCAGAUUAAGGCUAGGCUUAAUGGUCAGUUCAUGCUGGAGAAAACUAUCAAGAUUUGGGAGGCGGGCAACUGUCGUGUCAUGGACUACAGCUCCUCUCUAGCCACCUUGGUUGUAUCUCAGCCAUCAGCCAGUCCUCUAUUUCCAGGAUUUGGCAUUAAAAAGGUCAGUAUGAUGGACUUUAAGACCUGCCAGUACUUAACGCUCCACACCAAGGCCAUUCGUGAUGUUUGUUUUCAUCCCUUGGUGGACGAUGGCAUGCUGCUCAGUGCAUCGAUGGACAAAACCAUUAAAAUGACAAGUGUCAUCAGUAAUGCUGUUGUUCAGUCAUAUGAGACGCCACAGCCAGUCUGGAGUUGUGUGUGGAAUGCUGAUGACCAUAACUACUUCUAUUCUGGUCAGAGUAACGGAACUGUCCUGGAAUUUGAUAUCAGAAAUACUACUGAACAUCUGAAGGAACUAAACACUGAAGGUCACAGGUCACCAGUCGUGUCCCUAGAGUACAUCCCUAAGGAUCCACAGGCCAUGUUCAGACCUGGAGGUAUACUGGUUGGACAGUUGGCCCAGGUUAGCUUCUACGAGCGUAAAUCAGACGAUCAGUACCGGCUACAUAUGCUGCCCCUGGAUGGGACUUUAUCAAGUCUUUGUUUUGAGCCAACUACCAGAAACCUACUGGCAAGUUUCAAGCCCAAUUCAAAAUAUCCAACAACUCGACAUCAGAUGUGCGAGAUGUCAUCAACAGCUAUCAACACUGGUUUAGACACUGUGUGUACUUGUAAUGUGAUUCAAACAUUCCAUGGGGGACGUACCCAAGCAAUGCUGUCCAACUCCCUUCUCCUUCCCCACCCUGAGGAUAGCAGCCGACUCCUUGUAUGUGCCGGGGAGGAGGCCUCUUCUGCAAUGCAUGUCUGGGACUGUGGUACAAAUCAGAUGAGUCAGCGACUCCACACAGGUGGAGUAGUGGUGGACAUAUGUGCGAUACGCAGCAACCAAAAGGACUAUGUUGCUGCUCUGACAGAGAAACAGGUCAAAAUUCAUAAGUGGUCAUGAGUAGAUAUGUGUAUGUAAUGAAGUUCUGUAGAAUACUCUGGUCAGCAUGUGGAAUGGACUUGUACAAGGAAGACAUUUAGGAAAUCCAAGUGUAUGUGAAGAGAGUUUUUGAAAAUCCAGUCAGGGACAAAAAAAAAAUGGAUCAGAAUACUGAAGUAAAUGUGAGUUAGGGAAGCCUGAAUUAGUGUUAAAGAACUUCAUACCAGUACUGAAAUUUUAAGACUUCAAAAAAUUUCAGUCUUGUGUUAAUCAUGAACAAGUAUUUAGUGUCUGAACUAAAGAAACUGGUUCAAAAGGUUGAUUCAUGCAUCUGGACUUCAUGUGCAUUGAGUGUGAAGACUAAAAAAAAACUGUUUUUAUAUGCUUUAUGCUAGUAUGUCUUGAAUGUUUUGUGUAAGAGUAUGGGUGGUGUUGUGUGGGAUACAGAAAAUAAAAC